AUGUCUGACGACGAAGAUAUAGAAGAUAAAGAAGUAAUUGCUGCUGAGAAGGAAGCCCUGAACUUGAAGCUGCCUCCGAUUGUGUAUCCUCCUGAAGACACGGGCGCUAACACCCCCGCGCAAAGUAAGCUCUUGAAAUACAGGAGAGUCAAGCACCAGGCGAAGAAGCUUAAUCAGAUUGUAAUUGCUGGAGCGAUACAAAAACAUGUGAGAACUUCAGAGGAGAAGAAGAAAAGGGGCUCGUUCUCCCCAGAACCUGAAUACCCUUCCACUAUGUACAGUGAGCUAAGAAAAAGAGGCGAGAACUAUGUUUUUCUGAGAAAAUGUGUAGAAAGUAACCCCAUCGUCCCCAUUCAGAGGGAGUGGCUGGACAACAUGUUGAAGUUGGUGCCUCAGCCAUUGAAGAAUGGCAGAGAGAGAGAGGAACUCGUGGAAAGCCUCUUAAAUGAGGUCACGACCGGAUUUGAAAAGAGCAUGAAGAGAUACAUGGUACGAAGUGUUCUUGUGAGACCACCAGUGUCAUGGCUGGAAGAUGAGGGAGGACCAUUACCAGAAUCACCCCUGGGUCUGGAUUAUUCCAAACCUUGGCACAGCAGCUAUGUCCAUGCCAGAAACCAGAUCUUUGAGAAUUUGCACGUUCUUCACCCCACCCUGAGGAUGUUGCUGGACCUGGGCUACAAGACAUUCGCCAACAGGCUUUUACUGGACUUGACGGGGUUCAGAGCUAAAGGUCCCAUGGAUUGUGAAAGUUUGAGAAAUGAUGUGUCUAUCAAUGCCAGAAAAACAGAGGAGAAAUUAAUGAAUACCUGGUAUCCCAAGGUGAUCAAUAUUUUCACCAAGAAUGAAGCACUUGAUGACAUUAAAGCAGAAAAAUUGGAUUCUUUCUAUAACUGUGUGUCCACCCUAAUGUCAAAUCAGCUGCGAGAUCUGUUAACGAGAACGGUAGAAGGAUUCGUAGAUCUCUUUAAUCCUGAAGACAAAAAAUGGCUGCCAAUAUUCAAGAUGGAAUUGACGUUUGAUGAUGAAAAGAUGGACUUUUAUCCGACUUUUCAAGAUCUGCAGGAAGUUGUGGGAGGUGUGGUGGAUCGGAUUGGAGAAACUCUGCAGAAUGUUCAGACUGUCCACUCUUGGCUGUCCGGUGGACCCACAACCGUAAACCUUAGCACAGAACUUCCUGACCAUGUAUUGGAUUGGGCCUUCUCUACUCUGAGGGAAGCAGUGAACUUGAACUUACAAGGACCAAAGGAACACUUCGAUGAAUACGUUGCAAAAUAUAGUUGGCUUAUCAAUGGGACUGCAGUUGAGCAAAUCGAAACAUUCCAGGCCGAGAAUCACACUUUUGAUGAGUACACAGGAAAAACCAGUGCUUUGACUACAACCUGUCUGUCUUCCUAGGAAUUUUCCCUAGAGAAAGCCAUGCACGUCAUGAUAGACACAUGGGAUGACAUCACUUUUCACAUCAGUCCGUAUCGAGAGACUGGAGUCAGCAUCCUCUCUGCUGUGGAUGAGAUCCAGGCCAUCCUGGAUGAUCAGAUUGUCAAGACUCAAACCAUGAGAGGCUCGCCCUUCAUUAAGCCCUUUGAAAAGGAGAUCAAGGCCUGGGAGGACCGUUUGAUUCGAAUUCAAGAAACCAUUGAUGAGUGGUUGAAGGUGCAGGCUCAGUGGUUGUACCUGGAGCCCAUCUUCUGCUCUGAGGACAUCAUGCAGCAGAUGCCCGAAGAAGGGCGGCAGUUCCUGACGGUGGAUAGACACUGGAGGGAUGUCAUGAAGUAUUGUGCCAAAGACCCAAAGGUCCUUGCCGCCACAUCUUUGACAGGCUUGCUGGAGAAGCUGCAGAACUGUAAUGACCUUCUGGAUAAAAUCAUGAAAGGACUGAAUGCCUACCUGGAGAAGAAGCGUCUUUUCUUCCCCCGUUUCUUCUUCUUAUCUAACGAUGAGAUGCUUGAGAUCCUGUCUGAGACCAAAGACCCUCUCAGGGUGCAGCCGCACCUGAAGAAGUGCUUCGAGGGUAUCGCCAAGCUGGAGUUCCUGCCCAACCUGGACAUCAAGUCCAUGUACAGUACUGAGGGCGAGCGGGUGGAGCUCAUCUCCCUCAUCUCCACAGCCGAGGCCCGAGGAGCCGUCGAAAAGUGGCUCAUUCAGGUGGAGGACCUGAUGCUGAAGAGCAUCCACCAAGUCAUAGCCUUGUCCUGGCUGGCUUAUCCACAAUCAGAAAGAAAAGACUGGGUACGAGAAUGGCCCGGCCAGGUGGUACUUUGUGUCUCCCAAAUGUACUGGACGAUUCAGACUCAAGAGAGUAUAAGUGGUGGAACGGAGGGCUUAAAGGUCUACUACAACAACCUUCAGCUUCAGCUCAAUGACAUUGUGAGCCUGGUCCGAGGGAAACUGUCUAAACAGACCAGGAUUACUCUUGGGGCUCUGGUCACUAUUGACGUACAUGCCCGGGACGUUGUCAUGGACAUGAUUGAAGUGGGCGUCUCAAGUGAUACAGAUUUCCAAUGGCUUGCUCAACUACGAUAUUAUUGGGAACGGGAGAAUGUCCGGGUUCGAAUCAUUAACUGCAACGUCAAAUACGCCUAUGAGUACCUUGGCAACUCACCUCGUCUUGUCAUCACUCCUCUGACUGACAGAUGCUACCGGACCUUGAUAGGAGCGUUUUAUUUAAAUCUUGGUGGAGCUCCUGAGGGCCCAGCGGGCACAGGGAAAACUGAAACUACUAAGGACUUGGCAAAGGCCUUGGCUGUCCAGUGUGUUGUCUUCAACUGCUCUGAUGGCUUAGAUUACUUGGCCAUGGGAAAGUUUUUUAAAGGUUUGGCGUCUUCUGGUGCAUGGGCCUGUUUCGAUGAAUUUAAUCGAAUUGAGCUAGAAGUCUUGUCCGUGGUUGCCCAGCAGAUCCUCUGCAUCCAGAGAGCCAUCCAGUUGAAGCUAGAAGUGUUUAAUUUUGAGGGAACAGAAUUGAAGCUCAACCCCAACUGUUUUGUAGCCAUUACCAUGAAUCCUGGCUAUGCUGGGCGCUCUGAACUACCAGACAACCUCAAGGUUCUUUUCCGGACGGUGGCUAUGAUGGUGCCCAACUACGCCCUCAUUGCAGAAAUCUCUCUCUACUCUUAUGGGUUUCUGAAUGCCAAACCUCUGUCAGUGAAGAUUGUGAUGACCUACAGACUCUGCUCUGAACAGCUUUCAUCUCAGUUCCAUUAUGACUAUGGUAUGCGAGCCGUCAAAGCGGUGCUGGUGGCAGCUGGGAAUCUCAAGUUGAAAUUUCCAGAUGAAAAUGAAGAUAUCCUUCUUCUUCGAUCAAUAAAGGAUGUGAAUGAACCCAAGUUUCUGUCCCAUGACAUACCCUUGUUUAAUGGAAUAACUAGUGACCUGUUUCCUGGUGUCAAGCUCCCAGAAGCUGAUUAUAAUGAUUUCCUGGAAUGUGCUCAUGAGUGCUGCAGGAUGCACAAUCUUCAGCCUGUCAAAGUAUUUCUCGCUAAAAUGAUCCAGACGUAUGAAAUGAUGAUUGUUAGACAUGGGUUCAUGCUGGUUGGGGAGCCUUACGCGGGGAAGACGAAGGUUCUGCAUGUGUUGGCUGACACACUGACGCUUAUGAAUGAACGUUCUUAUGGAGAGGAAGAGAAGGUCAUUCACAGGACGGUGAACCCCAAGUCGAUCACGAUGGGCCAGCUUUUUGGCCAGUUUGAUCCUGUGUCUCAUGAGUGGACAGAUGGUAUUGUCGCCAACACUUUUAGAGAAUUUGCCCUGUCAGAGACCCCAGAUCGCAAGUGGGUGGUAUUUGAUGGGCCCAUCGAUACACUGUGGAUUGAAAGCAUGAACACAGUAUUGGAUGACAACAAAAAGCUUUGCCUGAUGAGUGGGGAGAUCAUCCAGAUGUCUGCUCAGAUGAGCCUCAUCUUUGAAGCCAUGGACCUCUCCCAGGCCUCACCAGCCACUGUCAGUCGCUGUGGCAUGAUCUACAUGGAACCCCUCCAGCUAGGCUGGGAGCCGCUGGUCACCUCUUGGUUGCAUUCCCUGAAGGAGCCUCUGGACAGAAAGGAAUACCAGGAUCUGUUGCAAGAACUCUUUGAUUGGUUGAUAGCUGCGGCCCUACGGCUUCGUCAGAAAAAAUGCAAGGAGCUGAUUCCCACAAGCAACAGCAACGUUGUCGUCUCUCUCACUCGCCUCUUUGAAGUCUUGCUCUCUGACGUGGCGGCCGAAGACCCCAACAGUAAACACAUCCGUGUUUGGAUCAUGGCCUGCUUCAUAUUCUCUUUGAUUUGGUCCAUUGGAGGAAGCUGUGACACAGAUGGACGCCUUGUCUUUGAUGGUUUUAUCAGAGAAAUUAUAUCAGGAAAGAAUGAAGAACAUCCAAUACCACCUGGGGUGGGCAAGUGGGAAUGCAACUUUGAUGAAAAAGGCCUGGUCUAUGACUACACGUAUGAGAUGAAGAAUCGAGGCCGGUGGGUCCACUGGAAUGAAUUAAUUAAAAGUUCUUCUUUAGGAGAAAAGAAUACUAAGAUUCAAGAAAUUAUAGUCCCUACGAUGGACACAAUUAGAUAUACUUUUUUAAUGGAUUUAUGUCUUACCUAUGAGAAGCCACUGCUUUUCGUGGGUCCAACAGGUACUGGGAAAUCAGUCUAUGUGAAGGAUAAACUCAUGCACCAUUUGAACAGGGACCAAUAUUUUCCAUUCUUUGUUAAUUUUUCUGCAAGGACCAGCGCCAAUCAGAUUCAGAACAUUAUCAUGGCAAGGUUGGACAAGAGGCGCAAAGGAGUAUUUGGCCCUCCCAUGGGGAAGAAGUGUGUGAUAUUUAUAGAUGAUAUGAAUAUGCCGGCCUUGGAGAAAUACGGAGCUCAGCCGCCUAUCGAAUUGUUACGCCAGUUUUUUGACUAUGGAAAUUGGUAUGAUCUGAAGGACACGACUAAAAUUCUGCUGGUCGACAUACAGCUGAUUGCCGCCAUGGGCCCACCAGGUGGGGGGAGGAAUCCCGUCACCCCUCGAUUCAUCCGCCAUUUUAACAUCUGCUCCAUUAACACCUUCAGCGAUGAAACGAUGGUCCGGAUCUUCUCUGCCAUCGUGGCUUUCUACCUAAGGACUCGUGAGUUCACGCCAGAGUACUUUGCUGUUGGAAACCAAAUUGUCAAUGGGACUAUGGAGAUCUAUAAACGGUCCAUGGAGAAUCUGUUGCCCACCCCGGCCAAGUCUCACUACACGUUCAACCUUCGGGAUUUCUCCCGGGUCAUCCUGGGCUGUCUGCUCAUCGACAAGGAAGCCGUGGAGAGCAAGCACACGAUGGUGCGGCUCUUUGUCCACGAGGUCCUUCGAGUGUUCUACGACCGCCUCGUGGACGACUAUGACAGAGCAUGGCUGUUCCGGCUGAUCAAGGCCGUCAUAAAGGAUCACUUCAAAGAGAACUUUGACACCGUCUUCUCACACCUGAGAGAGGGGAAUGCUCCGGUAAAAGAGGAGGAUUUGCGAAGUCUCCUGUUUGGGGAUUACAUGAAUCCAGAUCUGGAAGGAGAUGAGAGAGUUUACAUAGAAAUCCCAGAUGUGCAGCAUUUCAGUGACGUGGUGGAGCAGUGUUUGGAUGAAUAUAACCAGACUCACAAGACAAGAAUGAACCUCGUCAUUUUCAGGUAUGUGUUGGAACACCUGUCUCGAAUUUGCCGCAUCCUGAAGCAGUCUGGUGGAAAUGCUUUGCUGGUUGGCCUGGGAGGAAGUGGCCGCCAAUCUCUGACCCGUCUUGCCACAUCUAUGGCAAAAAUGCAGAUGUUUCAACCAGAAAUCUCCAAGAGCUAUGGAAUGAAUGAAUGGAGAGAUGACCUCAAGAACCUCCUGAGGAGUGCAGGGAUGAAGGGCUUGAAGACCGUGUUCCUCAUCACAGACACGCAGAUAAAAGAGGAAGCGUUUCUAGAGGAUGUUGAUAGUGUCCUCAACACUGGGGAAGUCCCGAACAUCUUUGCAGCAGAUGAAAAACAGGAAGUGAUGGAGGGUGUUCGUCCAGCAGCUCAGGCUGGUAUUAAACAUGGUGAGCUCAGUCCCUUGGCCCUGUUUGCCUUCUUUGUGAAUCAAUGCCGAGACAACCUCCAUGUUGUUGUCGCUUUCAGUCCCAUUGGUGAUGCUUUUCGCAAUCGCUUGAGGCAGUUCCCGUCCCUCAUCAACUGCUGUACCAUCGAUUGGUUCCAGCCGUGGCCUGAAGACGCCUUGGAACGUGUGGCCGUUAAAUUCUUGGAAACCCUGGAGCUCACAGAAAACGAGAGAGAAGAAGUGGUUCCGAUCUGCAAACACUUUCACACGUCCAUCAUGGAUCUCUCAGCAAGGUUCUUGAAAGACUUGGGACGACAUAACUACGUGACUCCUACAUCUUACCUGGAACUGAUCGCAGCAUUCCGGCAGCUUUUGACUCAGAAGCGCCAAGCUGUCAUGAAAGCCAAAUUCAGAUACACCAAUGGGCUUGAUAAAUUAGCUUUUGCUGAAUCCCAGGUUGGUGAGAUGAAGCUAGAGCUCGUUCAGUUGCAGCCCAAACUGGAGGAGGCCAAAGUGGAGAAUGCCAACAUGAUGAAGGUGAUCGAGGUGGAGUCCGCCCAGGUGGAAGCGAAAAGCAGAUUUGUGAAAAUAGACGAGGAGCUGGCGACUGGCAAGGCCGAAGAAGCCCAGGCCCUUAAAAAUGAGUGUGAGAGUGACCUCGCGGAGGCCAUCCCCGCCUUGGAAGCUGCCCUCUCUGCGCUGGACACACUUAAGCCUGCUGACAUCACGAUUGUGAAGUCCAUGAAAAAUCCUCCUUCUGGAGUCAAGCUUGUGAUGGCUGCUAUUUGUGUCAUGAAAGACAUAAAACCAGAGAAAAUCACAGACCCGGCAGGAACUGGGGGCAAGAUCUUGGACUAUUGGGGUCCCAGCAAAAAAGUCCUGGGAGACAUGAAUUUCUUAAGAGACCUGAAAGAGUAUGACAAAGACAACAUUCCGGUGUCUGUUAUGCAGAAGAUUCGAGGUGAAUAUCUCACAAACCCCGAGUUUGACCCCCCGAAAGUGGCCAAGGCGUCUUCUGCAGCUGAGGGUCUGUGCAAAUGGAUUAUGGCUAUGGAGGUCUAUGACAGAGUUGCAAAGGUGGUUGCUCCCAAGAAAGCCCGUCUAGCUGAAGCUCAGAAGUCGCUGGGAGAGACGAUGAACCUUCUCAAUCAGAAGAGAGCAGAGCUCAAGGCUGUGGAGGAUCGUCUGGCCAAUUUACAACAGACCUUCCGUGAAAAGACUGAGGAAAAAGUCCGCCUGGAAGAUCAGGUGGAGCUCUGUGCAAAGAAGUUGGAGAGAGCAUCCAAACUGAUCGGUGGACUGGGUGGAGAAAAAACAAGGUGGUCUCAAGCAGCAGAUGACCUUCAAAGCACGUACGACAACCUGACAGGAGAUGUUUUGGUAUCAGCAGGAGUCAUUGCCUACCUGGGUGCUUUCACCGCAGGCUUCCGGCAUGAAUGUACAAAGGACUGGAGCAGGCUGUGUAAGGAAAAAGAAAUCCCUUGCUCCGAAGAGUUCUCCCUGAGUAAGACUCUGGGUGAUCCAAUCAAGAUCAGAGCCUGGAAUAUUGCUGGACUACCAACGGAUACAUUCUCUAUAGACAAUGGUGUGAUUGUUAGCAAUUCCAGGCGUUGGCCUCUAAUGAUCGACCCCCAGGGGCAAGCCAACAAGUGGAUUAAGAACUCUGAGAAGGAAAACCAACUAAGCGUGAUUAAGCUCUCAGAUUCAGACUACAUGAGGACGUUGGAAAAUUGCAUUCAGUUUGGUACCCCGCUUCUUUUAGAAAAUGUUGGGGAAGAGUUGGACCCGUCUUUGGAGCCCUUACUGCUUAGACAAACUUUUAAACAAGGAGGCAUUGAUUGCAUCAGACUCGGAGAAGUCAUCAUUGAGUAUUCCUUUGAUUUCAAAUUCUACAUCACCACAAAACUGAGAAAUCCGCACUAUAUGCCUGAGCUGGCCACAAAGGUUUCUCUGCUCAAUUUCAUGAUAACACCGGAAGGACUUGAAGACCAAUUGCUAGGUAUCGUGGUCGCGAAGGAGAGACCAGAAUUAGAAGAAGAGAGGAAUGCUCUGAUUCUCCAGUCUGCCGCCAACAAGAAACAGCUGCACGACAUAGAAAGCAAGAUUCUGGAAACCCUGUCAUCCUCAGAAGGGAACAUCUUGGAGGACGAAAGUGCCAUCAAAGUCUUAGAUUCGGCAAAGCUCAUGUCCAACGAGAUCUCAAAGAAACAGCAGAUUGCAGAAAAAACAGAGAUCAAAAUAGCAGAGUCGAGAGAAGGCUACCGGCCCAUUGCCAAGCACUCCUCGGUGUUAUUCUUCAGCAUCGCGGACCUGGCCAACAUCGACCCCAUGUACCAGUACUCCCUUACCUGGUUCGUUAACCUUUACAUCAACUCGAUUCACGAUAGUAACCGAUCCAAGAUUUUGGAAAAGCGCCUACGUUACUUAAAUGAUCACUUCACGUAUAACUUAUAUUGUAACGUGUGUCGGUCCCUGUUUGAGAAGGACAAGCUGCUCUUCUCCUUUUUGCUGUGUGCUAACCUGCUUUUAGCCAAGAAAGAGAUCGAAUAUGCAGAAUUCAUGUUUCUUUUGACUGGUGGAAUUGGCCUGAAGAGCCCUGAGGCAAACCCUGAUCCUACUUGGUUACAAGAAAAGAGCUGGGAAGAGCUGUGCCGGGCCAGUGAAUUCCCAGCCUUCAAAGGCCUCAAGGAACAUUUCCAGAAAUCUACUAGAGACUGGCGUGAAAUCUAUGACAGUAAAGAGCCGCAUACCGUUCCUUUCCCCAAACCGAUGGACACAAGUCUGAAUGAGCUCCAGAAGAUCAUUGUGCUCCGUUGCUUAAGGCCUGAUAAGAUUAGCCCGGCUAUAACGAAUUACGUAACCGAUAAACUGGGAAAGAAGUUUGUUGAGCCUCCACCUUUUGAUUUGGCAAAAAGUUAUUUAGACUCAAAUUGCACCAUUCCCCUCAUCUUUGUGCUGUCUCCAGGAGCAGAUCCCAUGGCCAGCCUUCUGAAAUUUGCAAACGAUAAAAAUAUGUCUGCAAAUAAGUUUCAAGCCAUAUCCCUAGGACAAGGACAAGGGCCAAUCGCAGCAAAGAUGAUCAGAGAAAGCAUGGAGGAAGGAACGUGGGUUUGCUUACAGAACUGCCAUCUCGCUGUGUCGUGGAUGCCAAUGCUUGAAAAAAUAUGUGAAGAAUUUAGCAUCGAGACGUGCCAGCCAGCCUUCCGGCUUUGGCUUACAAGCUAUCCCUCUGAAAAGUUUCCAGUAACAAUUCUACAGAAUGGAGUUAAAAUGACAAAUGAGCCCCCCACAGGUCUCCGGUUGAAUCUCCUUCAGUCAUACCUCACAGAUCCUAUUUCUGAUCACCAGUUUUUCAAAGGAUGUCCUGGGAAGGAACAGGUGUGGGAGAAGCUGCUUUUUGGAGUUUGUUUUUUUCAUGCCCUUGUCCAGGAGAGGAAGAAGUUUGGUCCUCUUGGGUGGAACAUCCCGUACGGGUUUAACGAGUCCGAUUUGCGCAUCAGUGUCCGGCAGCUGCAGUUAUUUGUAAAUGAGUAUGAGAUGGUUCCCUUUGAAGCUAUCUCGUACCUCACUGGCGAGUGUAACUACGGCGGGCGCGUGACCGAUGACUGGGACAGGCGCCUCCUGCUCACCAUCCUGGCUGACUUUUACAACCCAGAAAUCAUCGAGAACCCUCAUUAUGUAUUUUCUCCCAGUGGAAACUACUAUGCCCCUCCUCGGGGGACGUAUGAUGAUUACAUUGAGUUUAUUAAGAAACUUCCGUUCACUCAACACCCUGAGAUAUUUGGGCUGCAUGAAAAUGUUGAUAUCUCCAAAGACCUCCACCAAACCAAAACCCUCUUUGAGUCUCUGCUCUUAACCCAAGGGGGUACCACCCAGUCUGGGUCAUCGGCCAGCACCGACGCGACUCUGCUGGAAAUCACCCGCGAUAUUCUUGGAAAGCUCCCCCUAGACUUUGACAUUGAAUCAGCCUUAUGGAAGUAUCCUGUAAGAUACGAAGAAAGCAUGAAUACGGUUUUGGUGCAGGAAAUGGAGAGAUUUAACAACCUGAGCAGAACAAUCCGCCGCACUUUGCGCAACCUCGAGAAAGCCAUCAAGGGGCUGGUGGUUAUGGAUUCCGAGCUCGAGGCUUUGUCCAGCAGCCUGAUGAUGGGGAAGGUGCCAGAAACGUGGGCCAAGCGCUCCUAUCCGAGCCUCAAACCCCUGGGAAGCUACAUCACAGACUUUCUCUGCAGGCUGAACUGUUUACAGGUCUGGUUUGAACAAGGAAAACCCAAUGUGUUUUGGCUCUCAGGUUUCUUUUUCACCCAGGCCUUUUUAACGGGAGCCAUGCAGAAUUUUGCUCGAAAAUACACGAUCCCAAUUGAUUUGCUGGGGUAUGAAUUUCAGGUGAUUCCUGCAGACUCAGUUGAGGAGCCACCCACAGAUGGCGUUUACAUCCACGGCUUGUACCUCGAUGGAGCCCGUUGGCACAGAAGGAGAGGAUUGCUCACUGAACAGUAUCCUAAAGUUCUCUUUGAUUUGAUGCCCAUCAUUUGGAUAAAACCAACUGAGAAGUCCCAUAUCAUAAGGACCAGUGCCUAUGUGUGUCCCCUCUACAAGACAAGUGAGCGGAAAGGGACCCUGUCCACGACUGGCCACUCUACCAACUUUGUCAUCGCCAUGAUGUUAGAAACAGACCUCCCUGUCCAGCACUGGAUCAAGCGAGGGGUGGCUUUGCUCUGUCAGUUGGAUGACUAGGUUGGACGAAUCUAGAGAACACCAGAGUGACAUCUGAGCCGUCACAUGUCUUCAGAGUCACUGAAGAAUCUCAACCAACUUUCAAGAACCAGUGCCCUUCCUGGGCACUUUAAAAAAAAAAUGAGGCUGAUAUUUAUAGGAACUUUUCCCCCCAGAAACCACUGUGCUUAAUCUGGACUAUCACGUGAUUAGCAAGAUAUUGCUAAAUUAUCACACUUUUGUGAUUGUGAAAAGAAAUUUUAUUGUUAUUUUUUUAAAGUAUUACAUUCCUCCUCUUGUG